AUGGCGCCCGAAAAGAAUGGAAGAGUCGUCUUUAUUGGCAACAUCCCUUACGAACAGAUCAUCGACACAUUUGGAAGAGUCGGCUCGGUGAACAACUUUAGACUAGUACACGACAAGGAAACUGGCAGACCGAAGGGCUUUGGUUUCCUCGAGUUUGCAGACCCAGAUGCUGCUGCCUCGGCGGUGCGCAACCUCAAUGACCACGAAAUCAUGGGUCGCAAGUUGCGCGUCGACUGGUCCAACNGACAAUAG